AUGCGAAACGUCAGAUCGAUCCUGAUUUGCGACAUCCCUCAAAGUCUUCCAUUCAUCCCUUUCUGGCAAGCAGAAGUCGUGUUGCAUCUUUUCACACUCAAUACGGAUGGCUCUGCCGAGGAAUCGCUCGAUGACAAUGGUGAUGUGACUGCUUAUAGUGAGUGGAUGCUUCCGUGCACAGAGUUCCAUUCGCUCUGGGAUCAUUUGGUGUACAAUGAAGAUCUGAAGUCGGAUCUAUUGAACUAUGCGACCUCUGCGUUUAUCUUCUCCAAACACCACAUCGAUACCUCUGUCAUUUCUCUAAACCGUGUUCUUCUGCUCCACGGUCCUCCCGGAACAGGCAAAACAUCUCUCUGCAAAGCCCUCGCGCAAAAGCUUUCCAUCCGCAACUACUCCGAAUACGCGCACAUGGCUCUGAUCGAAAUUAAUAGCCACAGCUUGUUUAGCAAAUGGUUCAGCGAGAGCGGCAAACUCGUAAUGAAGCUUUUCGAUUACAUUCGCGACAUUCUCAGUAGCAACGACACGCUGCUGUUUAUUCUCAUCGAUGAAGUCGAGUCGCUGUCUGCUUCGCGGAAAGCCUGUCUCUCGGGGACGGAACCAUCCGAUGGAAUGCGCGUUGUGAAUGCUUUGCUCACUCAAGUAACGUUUUCUUUCUUUCUUUCUUUGCUUGUUUGUGUGCUCACCACGCAGAUCGACAAGCUGCGAAACAACCCGAACGUGAUGAUACUAGCGACCAGCAAUCUCUCGGAUAGCAUCGACGAAGCCUUUCUCGACCGCGCCGAUCUGAAGCGAUUCGUCGGCAAUCCGGGAGAGGAAAGCCGGUUUUUCAUUCUCCAGGAUUGUCUAGAAGUGGUCCCAACGCGAAAGAGUGAGAGAUAG